CGCCGCAGCUCCAUGCCAUUUCCUCACCAGCUAUCUAUCCAACGAGGACGGGCGCGCAGACUGUCUUCUCUUCUCUCCUCUCCUCUCUGCUCCCUUUGGCACGUCCUCGCUUCGCACCACUGUACUUGACGCUCACGGACGAGACACGAAGCUGGCCAACAGCUCCAUCCAUCACCGCCAGCCAGCCAUCAGCGGGCAGUCAUCAGCGGCAGGCAGCUCGCGUCGCUCGCCAUCAAAGACUUUUGAACUCACCACCACCUCCUCCUCCUCCACCGCCACCACCACCACCACCACCAUCAUGGCGCGGCCGACGAGCACCUACUACCCCCGCCCGCCGCAGCGCGACUCGUGGUUCGCGCCGCUGUCGGUCGACCUGCUCCUCAAGGUGCUGUACGUGACGCUGCUGCACCCGUUCGUGUGCUGGAUCAUCCCGCUGUGCCUGCGCGCGCGCACCGUCAAGUGGGAGGCGCCGCCCAUGCUGGCCGCCUUCGCGUGGGCGACGCUCGUCACGCUGGGCUGGGCGGCCGCGGCCGUCGACCGCCGCGUCGCGUACGGCCCGCCGCGCGAGGUGGACCUCGGCGAGGAGGUCAUCGUGGUGACGGGCGGCGCCAGCGGGCUGGGCAUGCUGGUCGCCGAGGUCUACGGGAUGCGCGGCGCGACCGUCGCGGUGCUCGACGUCAACGAGAUGGAGAAUGGCGAGGCCAGGGGCGUCACGUACUACAAGUGCGACGUGAGCGACAAGGCGCAGGUCGCCCGGGUCGCGGCCCAGAUUGAACAGGAGCUCGGAACGCCGACGGUGCUCAUCAACAACGCAGCCAUCGUGGUGGGCAAGUCGUUCCUCAACCUGACGCUCGACGACAUCGACACCAGCCUGGGGACGAACCUGCUGGGGCCCUUUUACUGCCUCAAGGCCUUCCUCCCCGCGCUGAUCCGGUCGGGCCGGGGCGGGACCGUGGUCAACGUGUCGUCGGUCAUCGGGCACCUAGGCGCGGCGCGGCUGACCGACUACGCGGCGGCCAAGGCGGGCCUGACGGCGCUGCACCGGUCGCUGGCGGCGGAGCUGCGGGAGACGCACCCGGAGAUCCGGACCGUGCUGGUGACGCCGGGCCAGGUGAGCACGCCGCUCUUCUACGGGGUGCAGACGCCGAGCGCGUUCCUCGCCCCCGUCGUGGAGCCCGUCGACGUGGCCCGCGACAUCAUCGCCGCCGUGGACGCGGGGACGGGCGGCUGGGCGGCCAUGCCCCUGUACGCACGCUGGGUCGACUGGUACGCCGUGCUGCCCGCGGGCGUACAGGUGCUGGCGCGCAGGCUGGCGGGCGUCGACCGCGGGAUGAGGACCUUUGUCGGCAGGAAGGGCGCCGCCGCCGUUGCUGCUGGUGCUGCCGCGGACGGGGAUGGCAAGGCUACCUAAGGUAGCUCGGGUGAGG